AUGACUCCCUAUCUUCUGAAUGGUCAACCGAAGGCCUGUGCGUCCAGUACCUGUCCGUAUGGAUUCCAAUGUCGAUAUUCGUCCAAGAAAAAAAAUUACUUUUGUUGUUCAAAGGUCGUGAAGAAAUCUAGCCAUCUUCGCAAAGACAGUGGAUGCGAGCGUGGUUCAGUACUCUUGUAUCCAUCAACACAGGAACCUGUACACUGCGAUCAUAAGACAAGAGCAUGUCCUAGCGGCUAUCUUUGUUUGCCGCACACUACGACAAAGACGCUCCAAUGUUGUUCAGUUCCGUCGUCUCGCGACAAUUUCCUCACUGCAGCUGUUGAA